UUAGCAGUCUGAGCAUUUGACACGAACUUCUUGGGAACAACAAAGUGAUUUAAAGCCUGAAAGGAGAUGAGCAAUCCUCGAGACUCAGGCAGAAAAAGUCCCAGUGAUACAGGAAGCCAUCUGGUUCCUGAUGCAUAACUAGGCGGCAGAGCCACCUCUGCCUGACACGGACCUCACUCAUUCUGUCGUGGCAUCUGCAAGCAGCUGCUGGGCUCCUCAAGCGGCUCCCUUCCCUCUCUUCACCGGCUGAUGGAUCCUAAGGGGCUCCUCUCUUUGAACUUCCUGCUGUUUCUCUCCCUGGCUUUUGAGCUGAGCUGUGGAACAGGUGAGAGCUUGAUGAAUUGCCCAGAGAUCCCUGGGCGGUUGGGAAGCAGUUUACUGCUGUCCCUGGCAUCUGAAGGGGUAAGUAAGAGCAUGAACAAGAGCAUCCACAUCCUCGUCACCAGAGCAGAGUCACCGAGAAACAGUGUCAAGAAGAAAAUAGCGUCUCUGGAUCUUCCAGAAGGGGGUUCUCCACGCUAUCUGGAAAAUGGCUAUACAUUUCAUCUGGAAAACCUGAGCCUGGGGAUCCUGGAAAGCAGAAAGGAAAAUGAGGGCUGGUACUUCAUGACCCUGGAGGAGAACUUUUCAGUUCGACACUUCUGUCUGCAGCUGAAGCUCUAUGAGCAGGUCUCCACUCCGGAAAUUAAGGUGUUGAACUGGACGCAGGAGAAUGGGAACUGCAGCUUGACCCUGGCCUGCGAAGUGGAGAAGGGGGACUAUGUGGUUUACAGCUGGAGUGAGGAAAUGGCCACCGACCCACUGAUCCCAGCCAACGGUUCUCACCUCCUGCACCUUCGCCUUGGCCCUCAGAAUGUCAACAAUGUCUACUUCUGCACCGCGAGCAACCCCAUCAGCAGCCGCUCACAGACCUUCACCCCGCAGUCCAAGUGCAGGCCAGAAUCUUUAGAAUCAACACAAUGGGGACUGUAUGCUGGGCUGUUCUUAGGGGGCAUCGUUGGUGUCAUCUUGAUUCUCGAAGUGGUAAUACUGCUGUUGAGAAGAAGAGGUAAAGCAAAUCAUUACCAGCCAACAAUGGAAGCAAAAAGCCUUACUAUUUAUGCCCAAGUCCAGAAAUCAGGUUCUGUUCAGAAGAAACCUGAUCCCCUGCCAGCUCAGGACCCCUGCACCACCAUUUACGUUGCUGCCACAGAACCUGUCCCAGAGCCUGUCCAGGAACCAAAUUCCAUCACAGUCUAUGCCAGUGUGACACUUCCAGAGAGCUGACACCACAGACUCAGUGAAGGGACUUCCUGAAGGAAUAAACACUGAACUUGACUCCAUGUCCCAAGCUCCCGUGACACUCUGCACAUCUGUACUCUUCUCAGAUCAACUCCCUGGGGAUGCUUCUUCCACAGCCACCUGUGGGAUGGACAAGGGACUGAGGCUUUCUGAGCACUCAGCCUGCUCCCCAGAGCCCAGGCCUGGAAGAGAGAACUAGAGAUACAGCUUUCCAGCUUUGUGGCAUAGCAGAUGGAACGAGUAAUGUGGGUCCAGGGGGCCCAGACCUCCAGUUGUCUUGCUCCGUGCUGGGACCGGACAAUAAGAGCUGAAGGCAGGAAGCUGCGACAUCUAGUACCUCUCUCAGACAGCUGACGUCUGCAAUGUCUUACGUCUCGGCUGCCUGUGCUUGGUCCUGGGAGCUGACCCCGAUCCACCCAGACCUGAUCGAGGCUCUGCGCCUCACUUUCUCUCUCUGGACGGGCAGUGAAGGGUGAACUCCUUGUUAUAUGUAGAACACUCUGAGAUUAUUCUCUGAAAGAAGCUAAUAGUAUUUUAUUUGCAAAACCGAGAAGCUGAAGGGUCAAUAAACUGACAACAUGACUGUGAAGUCUCUGAGCUUUGAAUAAUGGAAGGAAAAUCACCUGAGAUUCUCAAAAAAUUAUAGAAUAUUUAAGUUUAAUAUUAUAUAACAUAUAUAUACUUACAUAUGUAAUGUUUAAGUAUAAGAAUACUUAAAAGUAUUCCGUGCAGAUGGCAUUAGGUUUAAAGAAACAUGACAGGUGUUUGGUGGCGCCGUUACAGAGGAACUCGGCGUAAUCAGAACUUGUCCCAGGCUGAUCUUUCACUUCUCAAAAAGAUCUUUAAAUCCCUACUUCUCUGUUUACUCCAUUGAGCAACGCCUGUGGAUCCUCAGCUAAGAUGCUCUCGCUGUGUCCUGAACCCGUUCACAUCCAUGGCCUCAUGACAUCUGGGUCUUUACCAGGCACCUGCACUCCCCUUCUCACACUAAAUGUAUCCUGAUGUAGAAAAUUAACAUAUUGUAACCCAACAGCUUCAAAUAAUUGCAUGCUGAAUAACUUAAAUUGCAGGCUGCAGACAGAAAGAGCCUCUUCUAGCAAAGUCCUAUUUUCUUCCUAUUCUCUGCUCUCAGGCAGGCCUGCUUCAGUUUAAGCUCUUAGUUCGGUUGGUUAAAUAGGUUCUUGGAAGACCUUGGUGAACACUGGUUCAGGAACCACCAGCCAUCUCCUGACCGUAUAACAAGGGUACCGACUUUCCAGCGCAGGGAUGCUGGGCACCUGGGGCACUGCUCUUGUCCUCCUGGAGCUAGACCCCGACUCCUCCACCCCCUCCCUGCCUCCGCUGGACUUGGAAAGUCAACGUUGCUGGCGUGUUGUCUGCACCAAAGUGAUCUCUCCAGCGUCCCUUCAUCUCUUCCGUUCUAGUUUCUAAUUCAGAGUCUGGGACUGAGGGGCCAGUGUUAGGUCAUGCAACCAUGUUCUGCCUCCAAGGGAGGCUGGGAAGUGAAUAUCUGACAUGUUCCACUUUCACAGUGGUUGGUGAGUUCUGCCUCUUACAAGUUAGGGAAUUCUGCAAACACAAGCAAGUGAGAUUCAACACUGAGCAGGCAAAAAAGAAAAAAACAAAAA